AUGGAGAUAGGGUCUAUUUAGACGGGUGUGAGCAUCUUGGGGGUCAUGAGAAUAGGGUCCCUGUCCUGUUCAGGUUGAGAUCCGUGUGAUUUUCAACAUUCCGUGGAUAUCCAUCCAUUCCUCAGGCUAUCUCAUGACCUUCAAUUUGAUCAACCGUGUCAGAAUGUCCGUCCCGCCCAUUUCGGCCAUGAUUGGGCCUUCCAUCCUCAAUAGCGACCUCUCGGAUUUGGCGGGGUCCUCUCAGAAGUUGUUGGACCAAGGGGCGGAUUAUCUGCAUCUCGAUGUGAUGGACGGACACUUUGUGCCCAAUCUGACCUUUGGCCAUCCCGUGGUGCAAUGCUUGCGGCAGAAGAUUCCCCGGGCCUUCUUUGACAUGCACAUGAUGGUGGCGGAACCGGAAAAAUGGGUGGGGGACAUGAAGAAGGCUGGCGCCGAUCAGUACACGUUCCAUAUCGAGGCCACCCAAGCACCCUUGGAGUUGUGCCGGCAAAUCAAGGAAUCCGGCAUGAGGGUGGGGAUUGGGAUCAAACCGGGCACAUCGGUUCAUACUGUGGAUGACUUGAUAGAGGAAGCCGAUAUGGUGCUCAUUAUGACUGUGGAGCCCGGAUUUGGAGGGCAAAGUUUUAUGGCGGAGAUGAUGGAGAAAGUCAGUUAUUUGCGAACUAAUCAUCCGGGCCUCGAUAUUGAAGUAGACGGUGGGGUCGGACCCAAAACCAUCGACCAGUGUGCUCAAGCAGGGGCUAAUAUGAUCGUGUCCGGAACCGCAGUGGUCAAAGCUGAGAACCCACAAGAAGUCAUGAACUCACUCAGAAAGACGGUUCAUCAAGAAAUCGUGGCCCGUUACUCGGCCUAAGCUCAGUGAAUCCGCACCAUAUUUUUGUAUUAUCUCAUUCGUUACAGAUACAUUUAUUUUUACAAGAAUUGAACUCAAAGUAUUGUAUUAUACGAUGUAAGAGGAAUAUAUUGUGUAUGUUUGAUUA